AUGGCUGAUUUUGGCGAGAUCCUGAGGUCCAUUGGAGACUUUGGAUUAUUCCAGAAGCUCAUACUAUUGGGACUAUGCUUCCCGAAUCUUGUCCUGCCUUUCCACCUGGCCAGUUUGAUUUUCAUCCAGUCAGACCCUGAGCGCCACUGUAACACUGACUGGAUACUUAGAGCUGGUUCCAAUCUGAGCAGUGAGGAACAGCUGAAUCUGACCGUGCCCCAGCAGGAGGAUGGAACCUUCAGUAGGUGCCUGAUGUUUACCCCUGUAGACUGGGACAUUGACAUCAUCAGGGAGCAUGGACUCAAUCAGACCACUGACUGCCAGAAUGGAUGGGAGUACAACAAUAUAGUGUAUGAAGCCACCAUAGUCACUGAUUUUGAUCUUGUCUGUGGCAAAGCUAACGGUGUCGGACUUGCACAAACUGUGUUCAUGGCUGGCAUUCUUCUUGGUUCACUCUUGUUUGGACCUUUUGCUGAAUCAUUUGGUCGCCAACGAGCAACUCAGAUACCCAUGGUUAUUAUGCUCAUUUUUACUGUAACGACAGGCUUGUCUCCAAACUUUUAUUUGUAUAUGGCAUCCCAGUUUUUAGUAGGGAUCGCAUUAGGUGGAUUUCGAAUCAACUGCAUUGUAUUAGCAACUGAAUGGGUCGGAGUGACAAAACGUUCUUAUGGGUCUUGUUUGAGUCAGACGUUCGGUGGAGUUGGCCAGUGCAUCCUUGCUGGCAUGAUCUUCUUCAUCCGAGACUGGAGACUUGCUCAGUUUGUCAUGGCUGUACCAAUAGCAGUGGUCGCAGUGUACAUAUGGUUUAUUCCUGAAUCAGCCAGGUGGUUAUUGGAACAGGGGAAAACAGAGGAAGCUAAGAAGUUGAUACUCAGGGUAGCAGCCAUCAACAAACGCACAGUUCCAGAUACAAUUCUAGAGAAGGUAAAGUGCAUGAUUUAG